UAGGAGGCCGUCGCGACGUCGACGUCGUCAUUCCCGCGCCGCGAGCUGCACGAGGACCAUCAUCCCCUUGUGGACACGCAAGCUCUCUCAGCCUCACUAUAUACUCGUAGCCGCAAGCUCGGAGUAACCGCGAGGCCGAAACAACUCUAUAGUGUUGAAGAAGAGAAGAAGAAGAAGAAGAAGAAGAAGGUGCUCGAGCAGAUCGCCUUUCGGGAGGAAAACGAGCGCGAGAGAGGCUGCCUCGGAAGGCUUCUAACAGCAGCAACAGCGACGAAUCGAGCAAAAAGAAGCAUGUCGUCGUCCAAUCUCUCCGGCACAGCCAUGAGCCUGACCAUCUUCUGCGUCCUGAGCAUCCUGGGCGGUACAUCGGUGGCCAUGGACGAACAGCCCUCGGCCUCGUCGUCCUCGGGCGUCUCGUCCUCCUCGUCGUCCUCGUCUCACGGGCCACACUUCAGUCCCCUGGUCGACCCCAGAGAACAGAUCGUCGGGGGCAAAAGAGCCUACACCUACCGCUCGGAGUACAAGAGGCUGCCCAUCUACCAGUUCGGGCUUGGCAAACGCUGGGUCGACGAUAAGCGAUCGCAGCCGUUCUCCUUCGGGCUGGGCAAGCGAACGAGGCCCUACUCCUUCGGCCUUGGCAAACGCAGCAGCUACAGCGAGGACGACGACUCGAGGUACGGCCUGGAUCUGAGCUACCUCAUCCAGCCCAGCGACCUCUACGAACAGCUGGCGCAGAGGGACGCCCUCGAAAACUACCUCCAGCAGCAGCAAGCCAUCAAGCGCACCGGUGGAUUCAACUUCGGCCUGGGUAAACGAGACGCGGAGAUGAACGAGGGGAUGAUGCGCGAGGACGGCCUGCACGAGAAGGUGCCGGUUAAGCACUCGAGGGACAAGUACCUGUUUGGUCUGGGCAAGCGAUUCUACGAGCCGGCAACGAUGCAGGACGACGAGGACGAGGAGAUGCUCGAGGACGCAUAAGUCGUCGUCACAUGCGCGAACGGGUUUAUCAUCUAUAUUUUUCGUUAUUCCGUUGGCGAAUUAAGAGAGAGAGAGAGAGAGAGAGAGAGCUGAACACCAGUAGGUUGGGAUUGUAACAUCGCAAAUUGUUCUUUCAUUUGCGGGAGGGUCAGUUUUCGCUUAGGUUUAAGGAAUUUUAAAUAGCGAGCAAAGAAGAUUAAGAAUCAAUAUACAUAACGAUAAGACGAUACGCACCCCACGCACUGUGUAAUUAUAAUUAUCGUUACUACUGCUAUAUCCCUCGACUGUCUCUUUGUAUAAUAUGAUUUUGCGCGGCAUUAAAAUUACGCUCUGUAUAAGGCAUCUGAUGUAUUACACACACACAUACACACACACACACGCAUACUUGUGCGAGCGGCUUUCCCAAUUUUACCGAAUAAGGCGGACACCAGCUCUAUUGAAUAUACUAUACAAUAUAUAUAUCUCAACUACACACUCACACGCAGUCACAUGUCAAUUUAUUGGUAUAUACAUACAAUAUAAUAUAUUUGUAUAAGCACAAGUACAACGUAAGUAUAUAUAAUAUAAGACGUACAUAGAUACAUGUACCGACUCUCGAGAUACGAGACGGCCGGAGAGUAUAGUAGAUAGUCGUAGUGGAGAGAUAAAAGUCUACAUAAAAGAGCGGAGAGGAGAGACGUACAUACAGAUGUAGUAUAAGGAAAGCGAUGAUAUCCAGUGUACUUAGAGGAGGCUGAUAUGCUACUGCGCGUAUACAGGGAGUGUACCCGGAGGACCGCUACUGUAGCUUGUAACUAUAUUCCUGGUGCGAGAGCCCGGCACUUAUGGCUCUAUACUUAUACCGAUAUACCACAGGACACACUGACGCCCACACACACACGCACACGUGUACACUGUGUAACGAAAUUUCGAUCAAAGUAACGUGUAUAGCAUCUCUCUGUGAACAAAUAAAAUGAGUAUAAUUAUAAUAA